UGUGUCAUGCGUGCUCAGGUGGGUGGUACAAUUUAACACAAAAUACUUAACAGAGUGGUCUCAUGGAGCACCGUUGGACUCAAAGGAAUAGAGACAAUAGGGAGAAUAUGAUCUGCAGGAUCCUGCUGCUCAUCAUCCUCAACUCAUGUCUCUGUGCAGCAACAUUUGUAGUGAAGGUGACACAGAGCUCCUAUCAGGCAGAGGAGAACCACAGCAUCACUCUGGAGUGGACCUUCACCACCACACCUGAUCAACCCUGGAGAGAUCUGUUCAUCCUCUGCAGCUUGUCAAGUCCUCAGAGAGUCUCAGUUUUAUAUCAGGUCUAUGAUGGUGUUGAGGUAUUAGAGCCUCAGAAUGAACAGUUUUCAGGACGAGUCCAGAGUGACAAAGACGUCCUCAGAGAAGGACGAAUCAGACUCCAUGUGUCCAGACUGAGGACUGAAGACUCUGGUCUGUAUCUGUGUGAUGUGGAGACUGAUUAUGGUUCUGGUUCUGCUAGUUGUCAACUUAGCGUCUCUGCAGCUGCUGAUGUCUCCCAACCUCAGAGACCAGCUCUGGAUCCAGAACCAGGAGGUCGAGGAAGGAAAGGUCUCUAUGCUGCACUGGGACUGACAGCAGCAGCAGCAGCAGCUCCUCCUGAUGUCUCCACAACUCAGAGACCGGUUCUAGAUCCAGAACCAGGAUGUGGAGGAAAGACCAGCAUCCAUCUUUCCCUGACACUGACAGCAGUAGCAGCAGCAGCAGCAGCAGCAGUAGCAGCAGCAGCAGCAGCAACCUUUAUAGUGAAACAUUGCUUCAGUUUGGGGCGACAAUGGUACAAGAGUUAGGGAGUUCGUUCUGCAGUUGUCGGGUUGCUGGUUGGAUCCCCCACUUUGAUCGUCUCAGUCAUGGUGUCCUUAGUCAAGACAUUUCACCUGCACCGCCUGCUGGUGGUGGUCAGAGGGCCCGGUGGCGUCGAUGUGUGGCAGACUCGCCUCUGUCAGUCUGCC